AUGAAUAAUCGCACGUACCACUUCCAGACGGAGGACGAGCAGGAGUGUCUCAUCUGGAUGUGGGUUCUGCAGAACAGUAAAGAGGAGGCUCUGAACACGGCUCUAGGAGGAGAGCAGCUUCAGGGAGGAGGGCUCCAGGAGCUGUCCCGCUCCAUCAUCACUGAACUGAGGCACAUGCCGGGGAACGAGGCCUGUGCCGACUGCGGAGCGCCAGAGCCCACCUGGCUCUCCACGAACCUGGGCAUCCUGACGUGUAUCGAGUGCUCUGGGAUCCACCGCGAGCUGGGAGUCCACUACUCCAGGAUCCAGUCCCUCACACUGGACUUCCUCAGCACCUCCGAGCUCCUGCUCGCCGUCAGCAUUGGCAACACACGCUUCAACGACAUCAUGGAGGCGGGGCUUCCCAACGACCUGGUCAAACCUCUGCCCAACAGCGACAUGAACGCCAGGAAAGAGUACAUCGUGUCCAAGUACGCAGAGCGGCGCUACGUCCUGAAGCACGAGGACUCGGAGGUCGGCUCCAUCAGGCUGCAGCAGGCGGUCAGCAGCAGGGACCUGACUGCACUGCUGCAGCUGUACGCAGAGGGGGCCGACCUGGUCACUCUGCCCCCCCCAGACUCACCGAAGCUGAAGGAGACGUCUCUGCACCUGGCCGUGCGGCUGGAGGACAAGAGCUCGCUGGCCCUGGUCGACUUCCUCUGUCAGAACAGUAACUGUGUGGAGAAGAGGAACGGCGAGGGGAGCACGCCGCUGCACUGCGCCGUCCUGCAUCACAGACCAGAGUCUCUGAAGCUGCUGCUCAAAGCUAAGGCUGCUCUGCACACAGUGAAUGCCGCGGGGGAGACCGCUCUGGACUUGGCUCGCAGACUUCAACACACACAGUGCAUUGAACUGCUGGAGCUGGCGCAGAGCGGACAGUUGAACUCUCAGAUCCACGUGGACUUCCUGUGGGAGAGUCCGGGUCAGGAGCUGUACGACAGCGAGGACGAUCUGGACGAGAAGGCGAGCCCGUCUCCCAAACACCACAGUUCUCCUGCAGCAGCCAAUGGGAGCUCUGCGUUUGCCCGCUGGAGCGUGGGGAACUCUGGCCCCAGUCCCAGCAGCAGCCCUGGAACCCGGCCCUGUCAAACCUACGAGAACCUGGACUUCCUCUACAACAGCGCCCCCUCUGGAGGAGUGACGCCACCGCCGCCUCUGCCUGCCAAGUCCAUACAGAGAGGCCGCUCCGACCCUCAGAUCUCAGUCUCCUCUCAGGAUGCCGCGGGGCCCCAGAGCACAGCGCCCCAGAGCUCAGCGCCCCAGAGCACAGCGCCCCAGAGCACAGCAGCACAGAGCACAGGGCCCCAGAGCCCCACAGGCUCCAGGUCCCAGGGGGGAGGGGCCCCUGGGUCUCCACAGAGCCAGGGUUGUCUGCAGAGCUCCAGGCAGAGGUCUGCAGGAGAGGCCCCAGCUGGAAUAGGGGCACAACCUACUGCAGGAGCGACCAACUGCAAAGGACCAAUCAGUUCCAAGAAGACCACAUCGUACCGUCGCAGUGUGGGACCGUCGAAGGUUCUGUCCCCCACUGCCCUGAGCGGUGCCCAGAGUCAGGAGGAGCUGCACUGUAGCCUUCAUCCCUCCUCCUCCUCCACCUCUUCCUCCUCGUCCACCUCCUCCUCCUCCUCUGGGACAGCCCUGAACCCUGCUCCUCGCACUCGCAGGAACGCCAUGGUGUCCGGCUGCAGGCCUCACCACAGACGUGUGCGUGCUCUGGUCGACUGCAGAGCUGUGAGCGCAGAGCAGCUCUCCUUCUUCAAGGACGAGAUCAUUGUCGUCACAGGAAGUAGUGACCCCCACUGGUGGGCCGGUCACAUCGAGGGUGACACGUCCAGGAGCGGCACAUUCCCAGUCAACUACGUCCUCAAACUGACCUGA